AUGAGGAUAUUGAUGCCUGACAUAGAGUCAGUAUUGCUAUUUAUGGAAAACAAUAAUUUGUAUGCUAUACAUACUGCAAACGACAAUGGAAAUAUUGGAGACCUUUAUUAUUUGGAAUAUAGCGAUGAUGGUCCUUCAACGCUUACUCAUGUGAGAUUAGAGGGUAUACUCACUGGAGGUAUAGGAAAUUUUGCCUUUAUGACAACAUUUGCAAAACUCGUCAGGAAAGUAGAGUAA